GAGAGCCGAGCGGUGUGGUUGUGUGUGAGAGAGCUGCUCUAGCGGUACCGGCGUGUAGUACCGAGGAACUGCAUCCUACAGACCCGUCUCUUUCUGAGAGGCCUCGCCAUUAGAGCCAUAGGCAAGCUGAGAAAGCACCGGGCAGCCUCUAGCAGCAGCAGCCGGGCAGCCAUGGCCGCGAUACGCAAGAAGCUGGUGGUGGUCGGGGACGGAGCUUGCGGCAAAACCUGCCUCCUCAUCGUCUUCAGCAAGGACGAGUUCCCCGAGGUGUACGUUCCCACCGUGUUCGAGAACUACGUGGCCGAUAUCGAGGUGGACGUGAAGCAGGUGGAGCUGGCCCUGUGGGACACGGCGGGGCAGGAGGACUACGACCGGCUGCGGCCUCUCUCCUACCCCGACACGGACGUCAUCCUCAUGUGCUUCUCCGUGGACAGCCCGGACUCGCUGGAGAACAUCCCGGAGAAGUGGGUGCCCGAGGUGAAGCACUUCUGCCCCAGCGUCCCCAUCAUCCUGGUGGCCAACAAGAAGGACCUGAGGAACGACGAGCACGUCCGCAACGAGCUGGCCCGCAUGAAGCAGGAGCCGGUCCGCACCGAGGACGGCAGGGCCAUGGCCGUGAGGAUUAACGCCUUCGAGUACCUGGAGUGCUCGGCCAAGACCAAGGAAGGGGUCCGGGAGGUGUUCGAAACGGCCACUAGGGCGGCGCUGCAGAAGAAACACGGCCGGAGCGGUGAAUGUAUGAGCUGCUGUAAGCUCCUCUGAUCCCCCCCGGACUCAUCCUGCUCUGCACAGAGGGGACAUUCCGCCUGAGACACUAUUGCUUCCGGUAGUACAGGGAGAGGGGGGACUGCCCUUCCCUGGGACCCAGCUCAGAGCCACAGGGGCUGCUACCCCACAGCUGAGCCGCCAUCAUGGAACAUGGAGAAUGAGUGGGGUAUUGGGGCAUCACCAUGGGCAUCUCCUUGCCCCAGAGCCUCAGUAUUACCCUGUACAUAGGACUUCUGUCUCUCCAUCUUGUCAUGCCUUGUGGGGGGGAGAAGCUGCAUGGGCUGUACCCCAACUGCCAUCUUUUCUACCCCCUUUGUGCCCUUUAAUGUUUCACGCUCAGGGCAGCGGGGAGUUGUGUAGCUGUUCCACGUAGUCGCCCUCAUACUGUUACAUUGGGGGUUAUUCCUAUAGCCACAUUGGCUAGCAAACCCCGCAAUCCGGCUACGAGCAGCAGCUACAAAACUGUCAUUUGCUGAGCUGUAACUGUGACCCCCCCUCAGGGGUAGAGAGGCAUUAACCACUUCAGUGCUGAACUAAAACCAGCUGUGCAUUGAUUGCUGGGCUCUCCCAUUGCACCAAAGGGGGCAGGGGGGAAUACUUUUGGAUACAUUUUUGUUCUGAAUGAUCAGAACCGGGUAAAAUGUUUUUCUGUGACUUUCGCAAAUUUAAUUUUUUUUUUUGCACAUUUUCCCCCUUUAUUUUUGACGUUUAACGCACUUGCCAUCCUCAAGUGUAACACUAGGGACUCAUUCUUUGCACACUGAUCUGUCCUUUAAUAACUGCGGCAUGGCGUGUUAGUGCAGCGGCACAAGGGGCAACGUGGGGGUGCUCUAACGGCCACUUGGUGUUUAGUAGCCCCCCAUAGAAUGUAAUGAGAAGUGCUGAGGGUGCUACUAUUGCACCGUGCUACAGAAAAAUGCAGCACAAAGUGCCCAAUGUUGCCCCAUGUGCUGUGGCCCUUAGCCUUCAUGCCUCCCAACAGCUCUUAGCCACAGUCUGGGGAAUGUUGGGAGUUGCAGUUGAGUCGUUAUGUUUUCCUUAUUCUGCAACUGACACUACAUUGUUAAAGUCCAGUUUGGGGGAGGGGGGGGGGGUAAAAAAGCUAUUUUUGGACAGUGGUACUAAAUUUGUGAUUUUCAAGACAAAACAAAGCUGACAGAACAGUAUGAAAUGAAUUUUUGAAUGUUUACAUAAAAUGUUGAUAUGUAUAUAUUGGUUUUUAUGUGAAAUAUUAAAAAAAAGCACUAUGUAAACCUA